AUGAUUUCUGAAAAAUCAGGACUUGUAGUCCCUGUUGUCCUAUGGGGGCCUAAGCCCCCUCGAAGUCGAAUCAAACAAAUCUCAUCAAUACGAAAUGGCAAAAUAAUUCUGACGGGAAGUGAAGAUGGAAUUGUAAUGCAAUGGAUGGUAGACGAAUCACUUGGAUGGAUCCAACCACAAAUGGUUAUGUUGGCCCACAAAACUUGUAUAAGUUGUAUAUCUCCUAAUUCGACAUCUGUUUCGGCAUCGAAGUUCAUCUCAUGUUCAGAAGAUGGCCAUAUUUGUCUUUGGGAUUCUGCUGAUGGACGGAUAAUAGAUAGUAUGAGAACGAAUUAUGUUCAUAGGAAAAUGAAGCCCUACGCCUGUAAAAAUCUCCAUGAAAUUCUUUUUUGUGUUGGUGAUUAUACCGAUGUUGUUGCAAUUCAUCCACAUGAUUUAAAUGUCCUUUAUACCCUCAAUUCACGUGCUGAACCAGAUUGGAUGAAUUCUAUUACUUUGGUUAAACCAAACGACAAAAUAGACGUUCUAAUUGGUGUAUCUUUAUCUGGUGUUGCCAAACUUUGGUCCUUAAAUGAAUUAAAUAUGAAGGAUAACACAACAAAUAUUUUAUUUGAAGAAGAAUCGAAAUUUAUAGCACCUAGGAAUGUACAUAGUAUAACUUGUUCGGAAAAGAAUGUUAGAAUGAUGUUGGUUGUUUGUGCUAAUUCUUGGCAGGUUAUUGAUCCCAGCACCCUCGGCCAAUUAGUGGUCUCCGAAUGUGCUAUAGAAGCCCUGGAAGGAAUGAUUGUGGAUAUUGACAAGGUUGCUAUUGGAUUUGCUGAUUCAACUAUUGUUUUGUUUCAGUUACCUAGAAGUAAAUUGGUUGGUCGACAAAUUCGGGAGCGUUUUGGGGAGAAACCUUCAAACAUUGCCGGAAUUGAACAACCCUUUGUUUUUGCUCUAUUAAAAAGCGUUGCUUCUCCAAAUUUACAGCCUCUUUUAAACCCGGUCAAAUUUUUCUUCGAUUCAAAACUUUCUUCUGAUAAAACUCAUCGCCAAAUUACUUAUCGGUUGGAUGAACAAAGCUCUUCUAUCAGUUUUUGGCAUGUUCCAAAAAAUUUGGAAUUGUUGGUUAGCGAGUUUGUGAGAACGCGACGUCCAAUAGUUUAUGAACCAACAAUUAGACAGUGUCUUUCUGACGCUUGGAGUCGACUUUCCCCAACCCCUCCUGCAAUUGCUAAUAUUGAGUCUGGAUCCACCAUCCAAGCCACUAUUUAUGUGUCUACACAAGAUAAAUUGUUUCUUGGAAGAAGUGACGGUUCAAUAAUGACAAUGAGUGCUUGUCAAGUAAUAAUGGUUGCAUUAUUGGAUGGUUACAAUAACGAAUCCACCCAAUUAAAAAUACUCCCAAAUGGUCAUUCUAGUUCUGUGACGUGUUUUCUUUAUCCUUUUGCUGAAAGCAAUAGAUAUGAUCCAAAUUUAUUACUUUCUGGUAGUGCUGAUUUUUCUGUUAUUGUUUGGAAUGUAACAAAUGAUGAGAGGCUUCAUCGUUUUUCUUCACAAGGAGGAACUAUUACUCAAUUGCUUGUUCCUCCAGUUAAUUGCAAUACAAAAUUACUGGAUUGUAUAUGUUGCAUUGCUGCAGACAAUUCUGCCUGUUUUGUUAGCUUAAAAAAGCUUCGUUGUGUUCUUCUUGCUAGCAGACAACAAUUUCCUAUUGUUGAUAUUCGUUGGCGUCCUUUAAGUGAUCAAAUUUUGUUAAAAUGUGAAGAUGAUUCUGUUUAUGUUUGGAAUAUUGAAACAGGUUUUUUUGAGUUUUCUGGGAAUAGGGUUUCCAAAAUGGACCGAAAGAUCGUGUCGGGCCUAAGAUAUUUGGCCCGAAAAGGACUCGUACGGCUCGGCUCGAUAAAGUUAGGCCCGAAAAACUGCCUCGACCCUCGGCCCGACUCGAAAACGGCAACCCUAGUGAGGAGUUAUUUUUUAAAUUUUUUUAAAGGUGUACUUGAUCAAGUAAUAACUGGAUUAGCUUCUGAUGAGAUUUUGAUGAACUCUUCUACUGAUGAACAACUUGGUUUUGGAUCAGAAGAUGAAAAUUCUUUUGGUACUGCUUCACAAACAGCUGUUCAAAUGCUGAGGGCAUUAAAACAAAAGGAUAUGGCAGCGGUAAAAAUCAAAAGAAAUUUUCUUCCUCCUCCACCAUCAUCGGUUUGUAUUACUUCUUCCUCUUCUUUUCGACGGGAUUCUUCAUCUAGUUCUUCUAAUAAUUUGUGUUGUUCUCCACCUUUUCGAGAACCUGAUGACGAGGAAGAGAUGAAAAAAAUAAUUGCUGGACAACAUGGAACAGACAAAGAAAAUGAAGAUGAUUCAUCUACUAUCAAUAAUAAUAAUACAAAUUUACACCUUAUAUCUCCUCCCUUGGAAAUUGUACAAAUGUCUACAUGUUCAGAUACAACACAUAUAAUUUUAUUUGACGUUAAUGCACUAAUAAAUGGCCUUCUUAUACUCGAUUCAUGUGAUGAUGAAAGAGAAAAUUUUGAUAAAGAAAGAAUUAGCAUAAUAGAUACAAUAACAAAUUAUAAUUGUGAUUCAAAACAUCAAAAUGGGUUGUCAAAUUCAAAUUAUUUAUCAUUAAAAGAAUUGUCAACUAAUAAUAAUUUAAAUUUGAAACAACAAAAUGGUGGAAUUUCUUCCAGUAAAAAUAAUAAUAUUUUAUUACAACAACAACCUUCACUUUAUUUGGAUACUGCAAAACUUUUAAUUUCACUUUUACAUGCAUGGGAUAAUGAUGAAUCUGUUGAUGAUAUUGCAAUAAAUAGUUUAAAAUUAUCUAAACCAAAAAUACCUCUAUGUUUUGGUACAAUUUCUAAAGGUUAUGUUUCUCUCUACACACCAUAUUCUUCUGGAAAAAUUCCAGCAUUAGACGAUUUUUCUUUUAAAAGUUUUUCAAAAAAUAUACAUUGGCAAAUGAGUAAAACAUUAACAACAAUUCAUUUACUUGCAGUUGUAUCACUUUCAAAUACUUUAAUGGCUUUGAAAAAUCGUUAUUACUAUAAUUCUAAAAGGAUGUCUUUAAGACGUUCUCCUUCCUCAAAAUCAACAGAAGAUCAACUAAGUGAAUGUGAAAGUCACAAAGUUAAACAAAGUUGGUCAAAUAUUGCUGCAUUACAUUGUAUUCUUUUACCGGAAAGAAUAAAACCUAAAAAUUCUUAUGCUUCUCCUAAACUUGAUAUGCUUGCAAGAAAAUGGCAAGACAGUUGUAUUGAAAUUCGUGAUGCUGCACAAGCUCUUCUAAUUAGAGAAUUGAAUCGUCUAGGUCCAGAAGGUUUUUUUUUGAAUCAUCAUUUUAAUUUUAUUUUUCCAAAUAUAGGCCGUCAACAAUUAAUUAAAAAAUGGGCCAAUUUUCUACCUGUAUUACUCGAUCAAUCAAUUUCUAUUUUUUCAACACAAAAUGCUUCAACUACAAAUCCACCUUCUUCUAAAAAUUUGAAUAAUUCCGCCAAUAUAGAAUAUAAUCCAACAGACUCGCAACAACCAGACUCAUUAUCAGCAAUUUCAAGUACAAGAAUAUCUUCAGCAUCAUCAGUAUCUUCUUCAAAAAGUCCACCACCGCCACGUCCAAGUGUUCCACCAAUACCUCCAAGAUCAUCAAAUUCUACACCUUUACCACAAGUUUUGCCUUUAACAUCUAUUGAAGACAAUAAUUCUUCUUCUUGUGAUUUUUCAACAACAACAAAUAAUUAUUCACAUAAAAUAUGUGUUAAUCAAAGUAGUAAAAGUACUUCAACAAUUAGUGGAGGAGAAGGAGGAGAAAAUAAUACCAAUAGUGAUGUUACUGAACAAACAACAACUAUUGCUUUCGCCUCGUCUUAUAAUACUUCAACAGAAAAUCAACAACAACAUGAAAGUUCUACAAUACUUAAUGAUCAAUUAUAUUUGGGUGGAAUUAAUCAAAUACGCAGAAAUCAGGCAACAGCAAUUAUUUUUCUUGGUGUUAUGGGUGCUGAAUUUCCCAAUGAUUUACAACGCCAUUUGGAUAUUUGCCGUGCUACAGCUCAUUCAUUAUUAGAAUUAUUGUUAUCACCUACAACUGUUUAUCCUCCACUUUUAAUUCCUCAAAAUUCACUUUUGAGAAGAGCAGCGAUAGAUUUAUUGGGAAGAGGAUUUGUACUUUGGCAGCCUCAUCUUGAUUUGCCAAAAAUGCUUAUUGGAUUACUCAAUUUAGCUGCAGAGUGCGAAAGGCAUUUGCCCGCUGGACCUCUGCCAUCUGGAGUACAACUCUCACCUGAAGCUGAUGCUUGUCGUACAGCCAGACAUGCUUUAUCACUUAUUGCUUCUUCUCGACCUCAAGCAUUAAUUACUGCACUUAAUAUGGAGGUGAUUCGUUAUAAUGCAGUAGCUCAACACCAAACAAUUCAACAUCCAAUACCUAGCCCUUUAACAAAAUCAAGAAAUGAAGUACUUAGGCUUUUAGAACAAUUAUCAGAAAGGCAAUACAAUUUUGUUGUUGAUUUAAUUGUACAGGUUGGAGAUAUUCUAGUCCAUUGCCUUGAUUUGUCAUUACUUAAACAACGUUCUAUAACAGAUUUAUUCCCUCCUAUUGCAAAAUUUUAUAUGGUUACUUAUUGUCCAACAACACGUCGAUUAGCAUUUGGUGGAAAGAAUGGAACUAUAGUUAUACAUGAACUUAGAUUAUCUAAAUCACAGUCAGUUAAAGCCCACAAUGUUCCAAUCACUGCAUCAGCAUUUUCUGAAGAUGGAAAAUAUUUGGCAGCAUAUGCUGCACAGGAAGCAAAAAUUAGUUUUUGGCAAACUCAACAAACAUUUUUGGGAAUGGGACAAAGUCAAGUUAGAUGUGCUCGAAUGCAACCUGCUCCAGGUGAAUUUCCAGUAAUAAGUCCUGGUGGAAGUUAUCAAUUAUUUCGUGCAAGGCUUGUUUGGAUUAAUUCAAAAUCUUUGACAUUAAUGUUACCAAAUGGGAAAGAAAAUAGAUUUAGUGUUUGA